CACACACACACACACACAGGGAAGCGAUACAGCGCCUGCACCGGGAUAGCUGAGCGCAGUUCAUUCCCCGUGGGCUGUGCCGCUCUUUACUCUACGAGCACGCCUGCUUCUGGAGCAACGCGAUCCCUCGGAAACAUAAGGAAGCAUCCCCGUGUGGAGGAGCCGUUCUCUUUCUGCAACCCGCCCUCUCUCCGGCUAACAGCAAGCAGAACAGCGCGGCACUCCGGCCGUCUCCGCUCCCGAAUCUUCCAUGCACAUUGCAAUAUAGUACAUUAUUAUUAUUAUUAUUAUUAUUAUUAUUGGUGUGAAGGAUUUUGUUUCAGAACGGAUGUUUCGAAUCGAGCGGAGACCCAGCGCACUUUGAUCCGGAGCGCAGUGUAUGGCGUCUCUUCAUGGCAAUGAUUGAGGGAGGUAAAGAUGCCUGACCUCGCGCUGACCUCUCUGUAGAAGCCAGGAUGUCUGUCGCUAAGUCUAUGCCCCUCCCCCAGCCACACCCCGGCGAGAGGCGGUCCCUCCCCCCUGUCAAACCAAAACCAGCCGUCCCGUGCAAACCGAGCCUCUCCCGCUCCCCUGAGAACGGACCGAGAGAGCCAGCCCUGCCCCUCCUCCCGAGUGAGACACGGCCUCCCCUAACAGUCAGCUGUGCCGGCGUGAGGCGAGCGGGGGAGCGAGAGAGCACCGGGAAGGUGCAGAGGAUUCUGAAUCAGUUCAGACAGCAGGAGAAGGAGAACGUCGUGAAGAACGCUGGGAAAUGUCCCCCUCCCGUUUCCGCCAAGCCCCCCAAACUGCUCAGGGGGGCCUGUGCCCCCCCCUCGGAGCCCCCCGCCCCACAGCCAGCGCAGGAAAUGUCCUCCCUCCCUGCCAAAGAGAAAAGGAAAGAGCAGGGGGAGUGUGAGGCGUCGCCAGGGAGGGAGGUACAUGACAAACCAGACCUGGAUGGGAAGGAAGCAAAACGGCAGCAACUUCAGCCAAACAGCUGCAGCGUGGAGGCAGGCAGAUCUCUGUUUCCCCCCGGUGGCUGCCGGAGGGACUGCUCUUGUCUGUGUCACCAGAAGCGGGCUGGAAUGAUUCUCGUGUGGGUGCCAGCGGGAGAGUCCUGGGGAGAGGAGGAAGAGAGGGACACAGACUCCUUCUCAGAGGGGGAGACCCAACUGGUCCAGGAUAGCCCAGCUGGGGGUCAGUCCGGCUCCCAGAGUUCCCAGCCCUCUUCGAGAACAGAGACCCCCAACUCACCCGCAGCGGAGGAUACUGUCUACAAAUCGACCAUCGAAACCCGUAGGCCUGAGGUCGCCCCGGAAACGGUUCUAAAGCCUCCCAGGAAAGGCAAGCAGCCCCCCCAGGCUACCUCGUCAACAGAGAGAGAGGUGGAGGAGGAGGAGGAGGAGGAGGAGGAGGAGGCGCCCCCCCCCGCACUCCCUCCCAGACUGCCCCGCAAGCCCCCCUGGCCAGACUCGGCGCCACACGGUGGCCAGGGAGCGGUACUGCAGGCGGAGGGACGGCAAUCUCUCAAUCUCACCCCCAGCAGCCCCGCUGUGGUCAGGCGACCCUGCUCCCCGAGUCCAGAGGAAGGGGUCCCAUCUUCACUGUCCCGGGACCCCUCUAAAGAUCAGCGGGAUGAGAUCGACAGUCACUGGGACAAACUUGAUGAUAUAAAGGACAUCAGUGAGCCGAUUCUAACUCGUCGGGUGUCGAUAGAUUGGGAGGCCAAACUGCAGGAUGAGCCGCUGUACCAGACCUACCGGGAGUCGGUCAUCUCCAAGGAGAUCAGGCGGCAGUCUGUGUCCCGCAACCUCAGCAAGACCAGCUGGGACUACAGCAGCGAGCCCUGGAGCCAGGGGCCUCCUCGGGGCCAGGUCCGGACGGGGCCCCCUCAGAGCUCCCUGUGGCAGGAGCUGCAGUCCGUCCGGGAGAGCGGGGUGCUGGCGGAGCUCACCCUCGCAGAGUGCAAAUUCCAGGAGAGCAUGUUCGAGGUCCUGACGUCCGAAGCCUCGUACCUGCGCUCUCUUAGCGUGCUGACAGAUCACUUCCUGGGCUCGCGGGAGCUCAGCGACACCAUCAUCAUCCGCGAGAGGAAGAUCCUCUUCUCCAACAUCACCCGGGUCAAGGAGGUCAGCGAGAGGUUCCUGAAGGAUCUGGAGGAGAGGGUGGAGGAGAGCCUUGUGAUCUCGGAUGUUUGUGAUAUUAUCCAUUACCACGCCCAGCACCACUUCCCAGUGUAUGUUGACUACGUGAGGAACCAAAUCUACCAGGAGAAGACCUACAGCGCCCUCAUGGAGACGAAUGUUCAGUUUGCCUCAGUGAUCACUCGUCUGCAGGAGUCCCCACAGUGCCAGCGGCUGCCCUUCAUAUCCUUCCUGCUGCUUCCCUUCCAGAGAAUCACCCGCAUCAGGAUGCUGGUGGAGAAUAUCUUGAAGAGGACAGAGGAGGGGACGAGGAAAGAGCAGACUGCUUCCAAAGCCCUGGUCUCUGUGUCCAAGAUCAUCGCGGAGUGCAACAGCGAGGUGGGGAAGAUGAAACAGGUGGAGGAGCUGAUCCACAUCGCCAAGAGGGUGGAGUUCGACAAGCUGAAAGCCCUGCCUCUCAUCUCUCAGACCCGGUACCUGGAGAAGCGAGGGGAGUUGUCGGAGGUGGUGAGGGGGGGCACCGUGUUCAGCUCCAGGCCCAGGUUCAGCCCAGUCUACCUCUUCCUCUUCAAUGACCUACUUCUCAUCACCAACAAGAAGAGUGGUGACCGCUAUGUGGCGGUUGAUCAUGCCCAUCGAUCUCUGGUUCAGGUUCAGUCCAAUAAGGAGGCGUCUCUGGGCGCCGGGCUGGAUCACUGCUUCUACUUGACCCUACUGGAGAACCACCAGGGCAAGAUGAUGGAACGUCUUCUGAAAGCACCCAACCAAUCGGAUAUGCAUCGCUGGAUGGCAGCGUUCCCUAAUCCUGGUGAUCCAGAGAAAUGCAAUGAUGAGACUAUUUACGAGGACUGGGACUGUCCACAGGUUCAGUGUAUCGAGGCAUACUCAGCCCAGCAGGCUGACGAGUUGAGUCUGGAGCGCACCGAUGUCGUCAAUGUGCUGAGGAAGACGACAGAAGGUUGGUGUGAAGGGAUUCGCCUGACUGACGGUCAGAAGGGCUGGUUCCCGGGCAGCAUUGUCCAGGAGAUCACCAACGAGCACGUGCGCCGGCGGAACCUCCGCGAGCGCUACCGGGUCAUUCAGGCAGCCGAGCAGCUGACCAAGAGCAGGACCAUCUCCUAGCGGACAGAGCUGGGCACUGCGCCAACGCACCCAGCCCCUCCCUGCGCAUUCUACAGGGCAGCACACACAUACCGUAAUGAGUAACAGCUCUCUGCUGCAAUCCACUUGCCAGCUCUUUCUUAAAGGACUGGGACAGGAAGCUGACGUAGCAGGCUCUCGGUUGGCAGGUGCUUCCUCAAUGUUUCUAAAAGUUACACAGCCGUGCUUUUACUAGGGGAGACCCUCGGGGAACCCUGCGCUCCCCUGACUAUGUGACUCCCCCCUGCACAAAACGCGGCCGUGCUUUUACUAGGGGAGACCCUCGGGGACCCCUGCACUCCCCUGACUGUGUGACUCCCCCCUGCACAAAACGCGGCCGUGCCUUUACUAGGGGAGACCCUUGGGGACCCCUACGCUCCCCUGACUGUGUGACUCCCCCCUUCACAAAACGCGGCCGUGCCUUUACUAGGGGAGACCCUCGGGGACCCC